AUGCCUUCGUUGAGAAGAGAAGAACAAGUAGUCCAACAUUUCAGCCAUAUCCAUCCAUUAACGAAGGUUGAUGGGUUUGGCGGGUUCAUAUGCAAUGGCUGCAAAACCUACGGCUUUGGGAAGACCUACCGUUGCAUACCAUGCAACUACGAUCUUCACGAGUACUGUGCCACGUGUCCCCCUACCCUCCUCAGCUUCAUGCAUCCACAGCACGAGCUCCGGUUAGUCUUUAAAGGACCAGCGCAGACACCCCAGGACAGACGUGGCUGCAACAUCUGCCACGAACUAGCCGAGGGGCUCUAUUACCAGUGCGAGCCUUGCGGCUUCGACGUGCAUCCACUUUGCUCACAGCUGCCUCAGCAUGUGAGCCACGUGCCUCACCCGGCUCAUCCCUUAGAGCUGAGUGAUAGAGGAGCAAGCAACAUAUGCAUGGUCUGCCACCGUGCGAUCCAGUCUUGGCGGUACAAGUGUGGUCCGUGCAGGUUAGAUGUUCACAUGGAAUGCGUUAAUUCGUCUGCGUCAGCAGCAAGGGGAGUUCAGCAAAGGAGUUUCUGGCCGCAGCCGAAUAUUCAGCCUCAGUAUCACCAACCGCAACAACCGUAUUUUCAGCAUUCUCAGUAUCACCAACCUUAUCACAAUCACGGAUGGGGAUUAUACAAUCAAGGUCAGCCACAGGAUCAACCGUCGGGUCUGAGUACAGGGAAAAAAAUGUUUAGCAUUUUGUUGGCUUUAACGGUUGAUGUUGUCUCCGAACUGAUCGUUGAUACGGCUUUCGGAGCCCUUAGCGACUCGACUGAAUGGGGACGUCCCUAA